AUGCAAGGUAGAUCCCCAGACCAGGAAUCAAUCGGGUCUGGGACAAAGAGGUCCAGUGUGUCAUCUGGUAGUAGGUCUAGAAAUCAGAAGGAGUUCUUUUAUAAAUUUGUCGAAAGUGACAAUCUGAAUGAAAAACUUGUAGACUGGUUUGAAUCUGUAACAGAAAAAUAUACAUUGAAACAGCAAGUGUUUGAUGUUCCAUUUGAGUUGAUUGAACUUCAAAAAUUUGAUUAUGCAUUAGAGGGGAUUCCAUUUCAGCAACUGACACGCAUGCCUAAUGCUGUUCACGCUUCUACGUCUGAAGCUGUAGAAGCAACAUCUUGUCUUGCUAUUGAAGAUUUUCUACAUGCUAGUAUGAAGGGCUUGUGGGAGGCAUUUUGGAGUCAAGACGAGCCUAUGCCUUUUUCUGCGGCUUGUCUGUAUAAUGCUAACAUGAAAUUUUAUCAGGCGGAAAACGCUAUUGCUAAUGGAAGACUUGGAGGACUUUGUGGCACUGGUAUAUUGCUUAAUAAUUCUAGACAUCCUCAUGGGAAAUGGGAUCAUCUCCUUGAAUUAACACUUCUAAGAACAGAUAUCAGAGGUCUAGCUGUUGGCAGCGACCGGCAGCCUUCUUUACCGGUCCUAGGAGAAGCUCUAUUUUAUGCUAUUCGAAUGUUGUUGGCGAGGAGUUUGAGUAGACUGAGUUUCUUUCCGGAUCCAAGCACGGUUUUUGUUCUUCUAGUUGAUUCUCAAUACGGGGGAGUUGUAAAGGUUGAAGGAGAUGUAAGUAAGCUCAAUUUUGAUGUGAAUAAUGUUUAUGAAUGUGCUGCCGAAUGGGUAAAAAAUCAUUCUAGAAUUUCUGUUUCUCCAAUUUAUAGAAUCUGGAACAAGCUAGGAAAUGCAAACUGGGGAGAUAUCGGUGCUCUACAGGUUUUAUUUGCAACCUUUCACUGUAUUACGCAAUAUGCCGGAAUGCCCAAGUACUCUAUUGAGGAUUUAGCUGCCGAUCAUAGUUCACGUCUCCAGACGAGAAGAAUUGAGAGGCAGUUAGGAGAUACCACCAGAGUGAAUGGAAAUGGCCUAUUUCGUUACCAGCAGCGUAGUGUUUCACCUGAAAUUGUCGAAGUUCAGGAUGAUUAUGUCAAUGUUGAUUCCAAAGAGUUGAUGAAAUUAGAAGAAGGAUCUUUGUUAUGGCUCGAGGAUUCAGCUGGGCAAAAGGGUUAUCAGAUACAAGAAGUAAUCAAUACUGGUGAAUUGACAUACUACAUUGCAUCGUAUGUCGAAGACCCGGGAAUAGAUCUGUUUCUGUAUGUGGGCUCUCAUCCCUCCCAGCUGGAACCAGCAUGGGAAGAUAUGAAUUUAUGGUAUCAGGUCCAGAGGCAAACCAAAGUAUUGACAAUAAUGAAGCAGAAAGGUCUCUCGAACAAAUAUCUGCCUGAAUUAAUUGCCUUUGGGAGGAUCGUACACCCCGGUCAUUGUCGAAGGCCAAGCUCUGGUGGAAAUUGUGACCACCCUUGGUGCGGGACUCCUGUUCUUGUGACUAGUCCAAUUGGUGAAACAGUCGCUGAAAUGGUAGAGUCAGGCCGAUUUGGUUCAGACGAGGCUAUCAAAUGUUGCCAUGAUUGCUUAUCAGCACUCUCAACUGCUACCUCGGCGGGACUACGGCACGGAGACAUCAGGCCAGAGAAUGUGAUCUGUGUUAGGUCUGGUGUGAGGCACCCUUAUUUUGUUCUAAUUGGGUGGGGCCAUGCAAUUCUUGAAGACAGAGAUCGUCCUGCCAUGAAUCUUCAUUUCUCAUCGACUUACGCACUUCAGGAAGGAAAACUAUGCUCCGCCUCUGAUGCAGAAAGCCUAGUUUAUAUGCUUUAUUAUGCAUGCGGUGGUGUAUUCCCUGAUCUAGAUUCAGUAGAGGGAGCGCUACAAUGGAGAGAGACAUCGUGGUCAAGGAGAUCAAUUCAACAGAAGCUUGGUGAUAUUUCCACAGUGCUGAAAGCUUUUGCGGAUUACGUCGACAGUCUAUGCGGAACGCCAUAUCCCAUGAACUAUGACAUAUGGCUGAGAAGGUUGACGCGAAAUAUUCCGGAAGAUGAUCAUGGAAAGGAAAUCGUUAGAGCAUGCUAG